AUGUACCUAGAACAUAACAUCAGCUGCAACAUCACCGUUCAUAACAGUUUUCAUCUCAUUCAACUCCUUGUUUAUAUCCCAGUUUUCUUUGUUGGAACUACAUUGAAUGGAUUGGCUUUGUGGAUAUUCUGCUACAAAAUGAACAGAUGGACAGAAACCAGAGUGUACAUGACCAACUUAGUCAUGGCUGAUGGCUGCCUGCUCUUUACUUUGCCUUUCAAAAUGGUCUUCAGCUAUAAUCAUCAACAAGUGGAUACAUGGUGUUUGAUUGUAGAGUCAGCAUAUUUUAUAAACCGAUUAAUGAGCAUUUAUAUUAUCACUAUCAUGGCAAUUGAUCGAUACAUUACAGUAAAAUACCCCCUAAAAGCAAAGGGACUGAAGUCUCCAUUCAAGGCAGCUACUAUCUCUGCAUGUCUCUGGAUACUAAUCAUAUGCCUUGUUGGCAUAACUAAAGCAUGGGAGAAUCGAGAACAACCUGGAAUUUGCUUUGAGCCUUCCGGGAAACCCUCCCGAGAGACUUUACUCGCUUGUCUUUUGGGGUUUUUUAUACCAUUAAUAAUCUUGAGUUUUUGUUCCGUACAAGUCAUUAAGAAACUUGUGAGGAAGAGGAAUACAACUGCACAUGAAGAAAAGUUAAUCCAGAAAGCAAUCUACAUUAUUUCUGCAAACAUGAUCGUGUUUUUGGCAUGCUUUUUCCCUGUUUAUACCGGGCACAUCGUGCAGUUUAUAGUGAACUACACCAACGCUGUGUGCUCUGUAAGAUCAAAUGUUAACAACUUUGUACACCUGGCCUCACUUACAGCAAACACCAACUGCUGCUUGGAUGCCAUUUGUUACUAUUUUGUAAGUCAGGAAUUUCAGGAGGCCACUUCUCUGUUGCAGAAGUCCAACACUUCAAAGUCAAUGACUUACCAAAGGCAAAUGUAA